AUGGUUGCUGUUAACACGGUUGAAUUCUACCCCGAAAAAGAUUAUGGAGGUGCAGCUGUAGCCUCCGAACUCAACAAAGUCGAGCACCUCGCCUUAGGGACUAAAUAUUUGUCCUACCAUCUCGGAAGCGGGACUAAGUUACUUGUGUGGAAUCACAGUAACUACUACGACCAGGAGCAAUGGGUUAGCGACAAGUCUAGCCUCCCAGCAGGCAAGCAGUGCUAUAAAGUCCUCGCGGGCGCCACGAGGGUUAUUGGCUUUAGAUUCAAGGAUGCCACCGGGGGUGCCCAGAAAGCCUACUCUCUUACCUUGAAUAUCCACGACAUUGGUCAAGUCACCUUAUAUUCCAACGAGUCCGACCAAUUCGCGAUCGCUGGUACCAUGCCGCAAGAUGGUCCGCCCGUGACGACUGCCGUGUAUGUCCGAGAUAUGAGGACAGGAAUCUACAUUGUUCAGGGAUCUAUCUAUUUCAAAUGGGAUAGUGACCGCCAAAAAGUUGUGAUUGCAGACGAACUGAAUUGGCCGAAGCAGCUGAAGCAUGAAGAAGAUGGCAAUGACGACUUUACUAUUACUUUGAUUUCGAAGGAUCCAUAA